CCUGCAACGUCCAGUAUAAACCCAACAAUACCAUUGAAAAAAGAUCAUGGGGUUACAAGGCGUGCUGAAGCGAGCGGAACUCCCCUUUGUUUCCCGAUGGAUUAACGACGAUAUUCGCCCCAUCGAGUCUCAGCGACGGACUUGGGGGUACUUGAUGUUUCACAACUUUUGGCUGCUGGUCAACUGCAACAUCACGACCUAUCUGACUGGCAGUGCCCUCAUUCCCCUGGGUCUGACAUGGUGGCAAGCUAUUAUAUGUAUAAUCCUUGGCAACGUCAUUGCAACUGCGGUUGUCAUCGUCAACUCCCUCCCAGGGAGCUCUUAUCACAUUGGCUUUCCAGUGUUCAGUCGUGCGGUAUGGGGCAUGUGGGGGUCGCAGUUUGUCAUUUGGAACCGCAUCUUUCUAUCACUAGGUACAUUGCUGUACGGCUUCACAGCUUGGGUCGGAGGAGAAUGCGUCUAUGUCAUCCUCCUUUCCUGGGACCCUAGACUCGAGUCGCAUGUCCCCAACAGUAUGCCUGCAGACACUGGCAUGACCACGGCUCAAUUCGUGUCCUACAUCAUUUUCAGCGUCAUUUCCCUCCCGGUCAUCUGGAUUCGUCCGCAUCGUCUCGAGAAGUUCUUCCGCUUCGCCUGCUCCGUCACCUUCGUCUUCUUCCUCGUCCUCCUCAUCUGGGCCCUCGCAACCAUGGGACCCUCGGGUUUUGGCGACACCAUAACAUCGGGUUCCGCUCUUCCCAAUACGGGCGGACCGGAUAGUGUGGCUUGGUUAAUGGUCUAUGGAAUCGUGUCAACGAUUGGGUCCAUCGCCGCUGGCAUUCUCAAUCAGAGUGACUACUCUCGGUUCGCGACGCAGCCGAAGCACGCGAUUGUGGGCCAGGCCAUCUCGUUCCCUUUCUAUGGAAUCUUCAGUUCUCUGAUCGGCAUCCUCGUCACAGCCGCCACCCAACACCGCUUCGGGGGUGAGGCGAUUUGGAACCCGCCAGCUCUGUUUGCCCAGCUUCUAGCCCAAGAUGAGACGGCACGAACGAGGGCGGCUUGCUUCUUUGCGGGGCUGUGCUUGGUGAUCUCACAGAUCGGCGUCAACGUACCCGGUAACGCCCUCGCCGGCGGUUUUGAUUUGGCUGCCACGUUCCCGAAAUAUCUCAAUAUCCGCCGAGGAGCAUACAUGACGGCUAUUUUCAGCGUGGUUGUCAAUCCAUGGCGACUGGUCAACACAGCGACAACGUUUCUGACUGUGCUCUCAAGCUACAGUGUCUUCCUUGCCCCGAUGACGGGCUUGAUGAUCUCUAGCUACCUGUUCGUCAACAAGAAAAAGAUCAACGUUGAUGAUUUAUAUCGCGGUGAUUCUACCAGCGUUUACUGGUUUUCUUCCGGGUUCAAUUGGCGAGCCCUCGCAGCAUGGCUGAUAGGCGUUGUUCCAUGUAUGCCUGGUUUCAUCGCUGCGGUUGACAUGUCGGUGACUGUGAGUGAGGGCGCAACUGAACUGUAUUACAUGUCAUACUUAUAUGGCCUUUUGUCGAGUGGUCUGGUGUAUGCUCUGCUGCACAAAGUCUUCCCCGCGAGGGCUUUGGAUGCUUUUGUCAGAGACGCGCCCUCUCCGCGAGAGCUCCAGGAGAUGCAGAAGGGGAAAUGGGAUGUCACGCUAGCUGAGACUCCUGACAUUCUUGAGGUGCUGCCUGGGAAAGGAGGAAAGGCUCAUAAUACUGCAGAUGUCUCGCCUCCCAAGGCAGAUGUGUGAUGCUUCUUUACAAACAUGAAGAACAAUUCCUUU